CACAAAUCUGGCUGCGUCAGGAGCAGUGGCGGAGUGCAUCGCUGCGAUGUCUCCUUCGUAUUUGUGGAUCGGGGCAUUGCCUCGUUAAAUAAGUUGCACGGUCCCUGUUCUGGAUGACCACAGUCGCACCACUGCUGGAGAUUGUUUUAAUUUUCCAUUUGUGCCUCGGGUACCCGCAUCGACUGCCACGGUUUGUGCAGGGGAUGCGGUUGAGCGUGGACCGUGAGCUUCGUGGGAGACCAAACCCCCAGGGGACUUUCUUCGUUGGGUCUUCCACAGCCAGGUGUUUGUUUGCGAGUUAUUUUGAUCUCCAUUCAGCCCCCCAAGCCUCAUGGGGCUUGAGCUCGCAUUGCUGUGCCUGCGAGAGGGAGCCACUUCCGUGCGCUUCGCGGUGGCCAAGUGGAACAAAGGUGACGUGGUUCAUUCCACGGGACGCCCUUCCCACUGGGACUCACCUACGCCCUCACCUGGCCAGGUGAGGCGAGAACACGGAAUUAGACACGCGGGCGCGGUAACCACGAAAUCUUCAACGCGACCGCCUCUUGAAUCUUGUCCGCGUUGCCUUAGACUAAAUGAACAAUCCUCUGCCGUGCAACCUCAGGUCUGAGGCCAACAAGGCAGCCAAGAUCCUGCGUGAAUUCACACAGAUCUCGGCAAGAAAUGGCCCGGACAAAAUCAUCCCUGCCCACGUGGUCGCCAAGGCCAAUGGGCUGGCCAUCCUCUCCGUGUUCAAGCUGGGCUUCCUCGUGACGGCGCGGGGAGGCAGCGGCAUCGUGAUCGCUCGGCUGCCCGGCGGUGGCUGGUCGGCUCCGUCGGCGAUCGGCAUUGCUGGGCUCGGCGGAGGAUUCGAGAUUGGCGUCGAGGUCUCGGACUUGGUGAUCAUCCUCAACACGAAGCGGUCGGUGGAAGCGUUCACGAAAGGAGGCAACGUGACGCUCGGAGGAAACCUAACGGUGGCGAUCGGUCCCUUGGGCAGGAAUGCGGAGGCGGACGUGGCGCUGCGCAGCACGUCGGCGGUGUACACCUACUGCCGGUCUCGUGGCCUCUUUGCCGGAGUGUCGCUGGAGGGCUCCUACCUGGUGGAGAGGAAAGACGCCAAUCGCAAGUUUUACUGCGCCGAGCUGCGGGCCAGCGAGAUCCUCGCGGGGGACGUGAGUCCCCCCAAGGCGGCGGAGCCGCUGUACGAGCAGCUCGAGAACUACCUGAUGGAGGCCGACCAGGACAUGCUGCACGAGGCCACGAAGACCUCCCACAAGAAGUCCCGCCGAAACGUCCCACCCCAGCCCAGGAAGACGGAGAGCAUGCGCUCGCAGGCGAGCCGUCCGGCCGCGUGGCAGUCUGUCCGCCAGAAGUCGUCGGGUUCGUGGUCCCGGGGCGCCGACGGCGACUCUCAGGCGGCGGCGGUGGUGGCGGUGCGCCCCUUCAGAGGCCAGCUGCCUUGCGACCUGAGCUUCGGGUUGGGCGAGCGAAUCGACGUGGUGACCCGCACGAAGUCCCGCGACGACUGGUGGGAAGGCCGCCUCCACGGCCGCCUCGGGAUCUUCCCGGCCACGUACGUGCGGGACUGCUAGGCGACGGGCGCAGCGGUGGCGGCGACGCAUCGAUGACAACGUAUCGAUGACAACGUAUCGAUGACAACGCAUUGAUGACAACGUAUUGAUGACAGCGCAUCGAUGACAACGUAUCGAUGACAACGCAUUGAUGACAACGUAUCGAUGACAACGUAUCGAUGACAACGUAUCGAUGACAACGCAUUGAUGACAACGUAUCGAUGACAACGUAUUGAUGACAACGCAUUGAUGACAACGCAUUGAUGACAACGUAUCGAUGACAGCGCAUCGAUGACAACGUAUCGAUGACAGCGCAUCGAUGACAACGUAUCGAUGACAACGUAUCAAUGACAACGUAUUGAUGACAACGCAUUGAUGACAACGCAUUGAUGACAACGUAUCGAUGACAGCAUAUCGAUGACAGCGCAUCGAUUACAACGCAUCGAUGACAACGCAUCGAUGACAGCGUAUCGAUGACAACGUAUCGAUGACAACGUAUUGAUGACAACGCAUUGAUGACAACCGUAUCGAUCUUGAUUUGGCGCUUUCGUGACUGCAGAAAUUAAUCUUUGGUUCUGUCGGUAAAGUCACGUAGAAUUAGAAAAUAUAUGUAAGUUAUUAUUUUCUAUUUCUACGUGAUUUUACCGAAAGAACCAAAGAAUAACCGUAUCGAUGACAAUGUAUCGACGACAACGUAUCAAUGACAACGUAUCGGUGACAACGUGUCUGUGGCUCCGUAUUCACGACAAUGUAUCGACGAUGACGUGUCGGUGACGACAUAUCAAUGACCACGUGUCGAUGACCACGUGUCGACGCGUCGACAGGCAGAGCGAUGGGCGAGCGUCGCAGGCCGUUGUUUGUGCUCUGGGUGUUUUCUGGAAGCCGCUGGAUUUUAACACGUCGAGAUUCAACUGUGGGGAAAUAUAACGCCAGUUAAUCGGCAACCUGUACACGCAUGUAGCACUUUGUGUAAACUGAUGACGAUGACAGACAUAUAAUCACGGUUUACUAUCAUUUAUUACACCCAGAAUUAUCAUUUAUUACACCCAGAAUUCUCUUGCAGUGCCAUGAGAGGUUUUAUAAUUACGCAACUGAACACAAUAUUACUUUGGGUUCUUUUAAGGAACAAAAUCUAUGAGCUGAGAUGUUUUGUAAUAUAUUUGCAAUAAAUACGGAGUUUCAUUUCUUGUGUCAA